AUGUCUAAUUUCAAUUCAUCAACUUCUAUACCCUUCGCAAGUUCAUUAAUUACGACAUCUAUAAUUCCACAUUUAUCUAUUGAUCAUUUGAUUGAAGAUAUAUCAAGUUCUACUGAAAGUAAUGAUAGUUUUGAAGAAGAAUUUUUGAAUAACAUAAUCUGUAAUAUUAAAAAAUUAAAAAAUAAACACAAACCUGCUCCUAUUUAUGAUUACCUUAAUGCACUUGAAGAUGAAUCUCGUAAUUGUAAACUUUGUAAUAACAAAUGGGGUGCAA